AUGGUAUCUGAGGCAGAUGGUUCCACGGGUCUCCGUAUGAAAGCCCAUUUCUCCGACUUUGAAUGGGAUCAACUUCAAAUGCAAGGUCUCAUCCAACAACGUGCCAAAAGCCUCGCCGGUCAAAAACUUGAAAUGCCGUCCGAAAUGACCAAAGAAAACCUCAUCUUCCUUCUCAAGGACCGUAAACCGGUCGACGAAGGAUCAUCGUUCUCUAAUUCAAAAUACAAUUUAACGGAGUAUCAUAUAGAUCCGUAUCCGCCUUCGAGCAAGCCGGUUAAGGAAUUGGAGAAGAUUACUUUCAGAGAUCUCAGGAUCGAAACUCGUCAUCUUGGGAACAAGAUUUUUGUCAAAACGGUUUCUCCUGCUAGAAGAAUUGCGAGUGUUUCGGUCGUUGUUGAGGAUGAGAACGGUGUUCCUGGACAAUUGCAGAUAUUUAAUCUGGGCAGGAAAAUUGACUUACAAGAGUUCUUGCCGGUUGGGCAGAUACUAUGUGUUAAGGAGCCGUUGUUUAAGAUUUCCACGACGGCUAUACAGAGUUUGAGGGUUGAUCAUGCGGGGGACUUGAUACUGGUGGAUGAUGACGAUGAUGAAACUCCUGAGGCUUGGAGGGUAGAAGAUAUUGAAAUUGGUGCAGCGAAUUGUAAAGAGAUUGGGAAUCAGGCUGUUAGGGAUGGGAAGUUAGUGGAAGGUAUUAGAUGGUACACAAAAGGUCUGGGUAUCCUCGCAUCUAACCCAGAGAACCUCGAUGAAUCUCUUAAGCUGGCUCUCCUGCUAAACAGAGCCCUCUCCCACCUCCAACGCGGGGAGUACGAACACUCACUUCGAGAUUCAGAAUCUGCCCUCCUCAUUGAUCACAUCAAUGAAAAGGCUUUGUACCGCAAAGCAAAAUCUCUGUACCAGCUUCGCCGUUAUGGUAAAUGCGGGAACACGUUGACCAAGCUUAUAGUCCAUCAUCCGAACAACCGAGAGGCAAAAAACGAGCUUGCGAUAGUUCGCCAACGUUUGCUUGAGGAGACAAGAGGAGCAUAUGACUUCGCUAAGAUGGUGGAGAUGGCGAAAAGUGAUUUUGUCGGACAAGAAUAUGACUUUGCGGACUAUUCUAUUCCCGUGUACCCUAAAACGUCUCAAAUCAGUGGGAAUGGGUUGUUCACUAGGAGAGAUGUCAAAAUGGGGGAUUUACUCUAUGUUGGAAAGGCAUUCAUGAAUUGCAGGGGUAGUGAUAACGGUGUUUCAGUGAUGAUUCGUCCGGUGGAUUUGCAUGUCGACCAAGGGGUCGGAGCCUUUUUGACGAGUGCGGUCCUAGAGAAGUUGAACAGGGUUCCUGGAGCGUACAAGGAAAUUUUGAAACUACAUAAUGCCUUUGGUGAGGAGUGGACAGAUGGCCGAGAUGGCGACGGACCGAUUGACUCGUUCCUGGUCAAAAAUAUCUGCAACAGCAAUGCCUUUAGCUCAUGUUCAUACUACGACCAAUUUCCAGAAAUGCACCCAGAAGACGACGGCACGCCAUCAAGAAGGAAUCCGAAGAAAACUCAAGAUGAGCCAUGGGAUCCCAACUCUGGCCUUUGGAUUCUCCCUGCAUACACCAACCACUCUUGCAUUUCCAAUGCUCAUCGAACUUUCCUCGGAGACAUGAUGAUUUUCCGCGCCGUUGUGGAUAUGCCAAAGGACACCGAAGUUCUGAUCAGCUACACCGACCAUAAUCUCCCUUACGAAGAGCGACAGGGAAUCUUACAAACGAGUUGGAAAUUUACUUGUCAAUGUAAACUCUGCGUUUACCAGUCCGCACCCGGUGUCAGCGAAGCACUCGAAAGCGUCAUGAUAAAAAUGCACGAACUUAUCACCCGCGUCGGCGAUACAACCCCAAAAUUCGAAGAUGCAGAAAAAUUGAAACUUUUUAUCAUACAACUCGAGAAAUUAUACAUUUACGACGCACACGUUGUACCCCGUCCAUACCUAGGAGAACACAUCCUACGGCUCUAUGGAUUCCUCAACGAAAUGGGACUAGCACAGGCAGCAUAUAAUGCACUACACGCUGGACCACCAGCUUGGGGUGCUAUUUACCACGCGAUUUCGGAGAAAGGGGUCGAGUUUCAACAUAAAGGAUGGGCUGAUGGGGAUUUGGUGAGGGCUUAUGUUAGACUUGCUACUGUUACGGGGCCUUUGGGAGGGAAGAUAUUUGAGGAUUGGAAGGAAGCGGCGAGGGAUUGUUAUAGGGUUAUUGUUGGGGAGGAUGUAACUUUUGAAGAAACUUUUGGGGAGGCUAUGAUGAGGUAUACGAAGGACGGUGGGGGGUAUCGAGACCUGGCGGCUCUGAAUUAG